CUAUGAAUGUAAAACCAUUAUCGAUUCUUUAAGAACAGUUUGAAACUUAGAAAUCUUUAUUCAGUCUUAAAAAAAAAGCAAAGCAUAACUGGAACUAAUAUUAUGAGAAUCUUAUUAUUUAUAACGUUUUAAAAUCAAUUAUUUUUUUAGGGUAUACCAAUUUAUUCAAUAAUCAAAUCAGAACCAAUUAUAUUAUUGAUUCAUGGAGCUGGACAUUGUGCCAUGACUUUUGCUUUACUUAUACAAGAAUUAAAAACUUUUUGCAGUUGCUUUUCUUAUGAUAUUAUUUCUCAUGGUUAAUCUGAAAGAAAAGAAACUCUCACAAUGUAAAAUUUGAUAAUGGAAUGUUAAACAGUGAUAGAAUAUAUUAGAAUGAAAUUCCCAAACACAAAUAUAAUAUUAUUAGGUCACAGUUUAGGUGCUGCAAUAGCAUCAAAAUUAAAGCAUUAAUCUUAUAUACGUGGAUUGAUAGUAAUUGAUAUGAUUGAAAAUAAAGCAUUUGAAAGCAUUUAAAUAAUGGAUUAUUCUUUAAGAAAAAGGCCUAAUAUUUUUAGUUCAUACGACAGUGCAAUUAAUUAUCAUCUUUAAAAUAGUAUAAUUAGAAAUCCAAAUUCAGCUCAAAUAACUGUUCCUAAUUAUUUAAAUGAGAAAUUAGAAUGGAAAGUAGAUCUGAUAGAAACAAAAAUAUAUUGGGAUUAAUGGUUUGAUGGAAUUUAAAAUGGAUUUGACACCUUUCCUUUUUAAAAAAUGCUUUUCAUAGCAGAAAGUGAUAGAAUUCCCACUGAAUAAUUUUUAAAAUCUAGAUAUCCAAUCCAUAUAUUUGAAAAUUCUGGUCAUAAUAUUCAUGAAGAUGAACCUAUUAGAAUGGCAAAACAUAUAUCAGAUUUCCUUUAUUAAUAAAGAGUACCAAUUAACUCUUUUGAAUCAGAGAAACUAAAAUAAUUGGGUAUAAUAGGCUUUAGACCUAAAGUAUUAUAAUAUAAAGUUGAAUUAAAAGAUAUCAUUUGA